UGUAGACAGCCCCUCCAUUCUCAUUCUGUUCUUUCUUCAUAGACAACUGCCAUCAUGGCCCCCACAGAAAGCAAGAAGCGCCUGGCUCUGGCCAUCAUCGACUUCCUCGGCUCCAGCCUGAAGGACGGCACUCUCACCGCCGACGAUGCCGAGUCCAUUGAGAUCGCGCAGUCCUGCAUCGCGGAUACAUUCAAGGUCGACCCCAGUGAUGAGGCCGCCGUGAAGGAGGCCGUGGGUGGCCAGUCUUUGGCCAACAUCUACAGCGUCUACGAGAAGCUGCGAAGCAAGUCUACCCCCCAGGCGGCUGACGCGGGAACCCAGGAAUCACAGGAACAGAAGCCCAAGGCUGGUGCGCCUACUGCGGAGUCCGACAAGCUGAAGUCCGAGGGCAACUCUCUUAUGGCCAAGAAGGAUUACGCUGCGGCCAUUGACGCCUACUCCAAGGCCCUCGAGAUUGCUCCGGCCAACCCCAUCUACCUCUCCAACCGCGCUGCCGCUUACUCCGCCUCUGGCCAGCACGAGAAGGCCGCCGACGAUGCCGAGGUGGCCGUUGCUGUUGAUCCCAAGUACUCGAAGGCCUGGAGCCGUCUUGGUCUUGCUCGCUUCGACUUGGGCGAUUACCACGCUGCGAAGGAGGCCUACGAGAAGGGUAUUGAGGCGGAGGGCACCGGCGGCAGUGAGGCUAUGAAGCGUGGUCUGGAGACCUGCAACAAGAAGAUCGAGGAGGCCAGCCGUGCUACUGAACCCCCAGCGGAGGAUCUGGAUACUGCUCCUGGUGCUUCCCGUGGUGCUGGCGGUAUGCCCGACUUGUCUUCGCUGGCGGGCAUGAUGGGCGGUGGUGCCGGUGGCGGUGGUAUGCCCGACCUGGGUUCCAUGAUGAGCAACCCCAUGUUCGCCAGCAUGGCCCAGAACCUCAUGAGCAACCCUGAUAUGCUGGGCAACUUGAUGAGCAACCCUCGCCUUCGUCAGAUGGCUGAGAGCUUCGGCCAGGGUGGCGGCAUGCCCGACAUGUCCAGCCUCAUGAGCGACCCCAACAUUGCUGAGAUGGCUCGCAACAUGAUGGGCGGUGGUGGUGCUGAUGGUGCUGGUGGUGCUGGCCGUGGCCAGUAAUUUAUGGCUUGGACGACCAAUGGAUGACAUUUGAAAAUAAAAGACACGAUCUUGAUGCUAUUGUGGCGAUGCCAAGUUUCAGCAGCGUUCUUUAGAAAUGAACUAUUCUUAUACUGAAUCUUAUAACGAUACCUAUUGAUCUCUAUGCAUACAUGACUACCGGGCCC